AUGGCCAACGAGUGGCUGCUGUGGCUGACCCUGUCUGCCAUCAUAGCUGCUUGGCACAGCGAACUUGACUUUUUUUCAACAGAGGCAAAGUCUGCUGUGAACACCUUCUCCUCCCAGAUUUCAGAAAAACUAACAGGUGUUAGUCCCAUCCACAAUGACCAGGUUUGCAGUACAUGGGGUAACUUCCACUUCAAGACCUUUGACGGAGAUGUUUUCCAGUUGCACUCGACUUGCAACUACGUCCUGACCUCAUCAUGCAGGAGCAGUUACAAGGACUUCAACAUCCAGAUAAGACGACAGGGUGCUGGCAACAAUCCCACCAUCAGCAACAUCAUCAUGAAGCUGGAGGGUUCAGUGGUGGAGCUCUCUGAGGGCUCCGUGGUUGUCAAUGGAAAAUCAGCCACCCUACCAUUCAGUCAAGCAGGAGUGCUCAUUGAGAAAACUCCCACCUACAUCAAAAUCAAAGCAAAGCUGGGUUUGGUUGCUAUCUGGAACGAGAAGGAUGCUUUUAUGGUGGAACUAGACCCUAAGUACAAGAACCAAACCUGUGGUCUUUGUGGAGACUUCAAUGGUGUCCAGGUCUAUGAUGAGUUCUACAGCCAUGGUGUAAAAAUAUCCCCUAUGGAUUUUGCUAACUUCUGGAAAAUGGAUGGUCCAACUGAAAGCUGCUCUGACUACAAGCUGGAAUCAACACAAAGCUGCAACAACAUGAAGCCUCUGUGUGAGCAAAUCCUCACAGGACCAGCCUUCAACAGCUGUCACAGUCUGCUGGACGUCGCCUCCUUUACUUCGGCCUGUGUUGCAGAUCUCUGCAACUGUGACAAUGGCAUGAAUGAACACGUUGAAUCCCUCUGCCUGUGCAACACUGUUUCAGAGUUCUCCAGACAGUGUGGACAUGCGGGUGGCAAACCCCAAAACUGGAGAAUGAAAGAACUCUGCUGGAAGUCAUGUCCCAACAAAAUGGAGUACAAGGAAUGUGGGAGUCCCUGUGCUGAUACCUGCUCCAACCCAGAGGCCAGCCACACCUGUGAUCACCACUGUAUCGAUGGAUGCUUCUGCCCUGCAGGCACUGUGCUGGAGGAUUUGAACGGAUCGGGUUGUGUCCCAUUAAACGAGUGCUCCUGCAGCUACAACAACAAGAUCUAUGGCCCCGGAGAGUCCUACUCCAGUAACUGCAAAAAAUGUGUGUGUGCAAGUGGCCAGUGGACGUGUACGGAGGAGAACUGUCCAGGAACCUGCUCUGUGGAGGGAGGAGCCCACAUCAACACCUUCGAUGAAAAAGUCUACACCUUCCAUGGGGACUGCUCUUAUGUGCUGGCUAAGGACUGCAAUGGAUCCCAGUUCGAGGUUCAAGGAGAACUGGAGCAGUGUGGACUGACUGAGAGUGAGACCUGCCUCAAGUCUGUUACCUUGGGUUUGUCUGGAGGGCUUAAUGUGAUCAAAAUCCAGUCCAAUGGCAAGGUUUUUGUGAAUGGCAUAUACGCUCAGUUACCCUUCUCUGCUGCUGGGAUCUCCGCCUUCAGAGGGUCCUCUUACUACGUGCUGGUGCAAACGUCUGUUGGUGUUCUGUUGGAGGUGCAGCUCCAGCCAGUGAUGCAGCUCUACGUCAAAGUGACCAGUGGCUACCAGGCCAAGACCUGUGGUCUGUGUGGGAACUUCAACGGUAACCAAGCUGAUGACUUCCUAAAGCUCAGUGGCGUUCCAGAUGCCACAGCACCCGGUUUUGUCAACAGCUGGAAGACACAUGCUGCUUGCCCUGACGUUAAGAGCAACUUCGAGAACCCCUGCAGUCUUAGUCUGGAUAAUGAGAAGUACGCCCAGCACUGGUGCUCCAUGCUGAGUGACCCUCAGGGAGUGUUUGCCUCCUGUCACUCCGAGAUUAGCCCUGACUCCUACAAAGAGAACUGCAUGUAUGACAGCUGUAACUGUGAGAAAAGUGAGGACUGUAUGUGUUCCGCGGUCUCCUCCUAUGUCCACGCCUGUGCCGCUGCAGGAAUCCAGCUCCCCGGCUGGAGGGCGACCCUCUGUGGGAAGUAUGCUAGCUCGUGCCCCAGCAGCAUGGUCUACUCCUACACCAUCACUUCCAGCAGUCGCACCUGCCGCUGCAUCAGCACCACAGACCCCAGCUGUCACUUCUCUUUCCCGCCAAUCGAUGGUUGCGUCUGUGCAGAGGGAACCUACAUGGAUGACACUGGGAAGUGUGUCCCAUCUCAGGCUUGUCCUUGUUAUCACAAAGGCUCAGUGGUGCCUCCUGGACAGGUCGUCAACAAGGAUGGGGUCAUGUGCACAUGUAAGGAGGGCAAACUCAGCUGCAUUGGAGAGGUUAUUACACCGUCAACCUGUGCUCCACCCAUGGUGGCCUUCAACUGCUCCGCUAAUGACCCAGUUGCAAGAGGAACUGAGUGUGAGAAGAGCUGCAACACAUUAGACAUGGCCUGUAUGGCGACAGGGUGUGUCUCUGGCUGCAUGUGUCCAUCUGGGAUGGUGUCUGAUGGUAAAGGAGGCUGCAUUAAGCCAGAAGCCUGUCCUUGUGUCCACAACGGUGUCUCCUACCCGCCUGGAGAGACCACCAAGGUGGACUGCAACACCUGCACUUGUAAAGACAGGAAGUGGCACUGCACUACCAACCAGUGUGAUGCAACCUGCUCUGUAUAUGGCGAUGGACACUACAUGACUUUUGAUCAGAAGCGCUUCACCUUUGAUGGCAACUGUGAAUACAUUCUCGCUCAGGACUACUGUGGCAGUGCUCAGAGUAAUGGGACGUUCAGAGUGGUCACUGAGAAUGUUCCCUGUGGAACCACAGGAACCACCUGCUCCAAGAGCAUCAAGAUCUUCCUGGGGAAUGCAGAACUGACUCUAGCAGAGGGAAGCUACCAGCUGAUUUUGAGUAGAAAUGAAGAAACAGCUCCAUUCAGUUACAGCACUAUGGGCAGUUACCUGGUAAUUGAAGCCAACAAUGGACUCAUUUUCAUGUGGGAUAGGAAGACCACCUUGUUCAUCAAGCUCAGCCCAAAAUAUAAGGGUCGUGUGUGUGGGCUGUGUGGCAACUAUGACGACAAUGCAAAUAAUGACUUCACCACAAGGUCCCAUGCCGUGGUGGUCAACCCACUGGUGUUUGGGAACACCUGGAAGGAUUCACCCAGCUGCCCCGACGCUCACAGCCUCACCAGCCCCUGCACAGCCAACCCAUACAGACAGGCGUGGGCCCAGAAACAGUGCAGCAUUAUCCAGAGUGACGUCUUCUCUCCCUGCCACUCCAUUGUGGAUCCUGCUCCAUACUAUGAAGCUUGUGUAUCUGACUCCUGUGCUUGUGACACGGGUGGAGACUGCGAGUGUUUCUGCACUGCUGUGGCCGCUUACGCCGAAUCCUGUAAUCAAGCUGGCGCCUGUAUACGAUGGAGAACCCCAAAGAUUUGUCCUAUCUUCUGUGAUUACUACAACCCCCCUGGUGAAUGUGAAUGGCACUACAUGCCAUGUGGAUCUCCGUGUAUGAAAACCUGCAGGAACCCAUCCGGCAGCUGUUCGCCACAGAUGCCUCCUCUUGAAGGUUGCUAUCCAAAAUGUCCUCCUACUCAGCCAUACUUUGAUGAGGAUACAAUGACAUGUGUGUUAAAAGAACAAUGUGGCUGCUACGAUAAAGAGGGGAAACACUACAAUAAUAAUGACAAAGUGCCAACAACCGAAAACUGUCAUACAUGUACAUGCAGUUCAAUGACUAUCCAAUGCCAGUAUGAUGCCCAAGGUAUGCAACAUUUUGGAGAGAUUGAUGGUUGUAAAAAUAUGUAUUUAUGUUUUACAGCCUGUACUUGCACAUAUAAUGGAAACAAAUAUCCCCCUGGCCAUCUAAUUUAUAACACAACCGAUGGAUAUGGUAACUGCAUCACAGCAGUUUGUGGAAAUAAUGGUUCCAUUGACCACAAGUCAUAUCGAUGCCCAGUAUCCAUAACGACAACACAUAUGCCUACUACUGCACCCAGCCAGUCUACAACCACCUUUGUUUUUUCAUCAACCACACCAGAGCCACACACAGUGCCAGUCCCAUGUACUCCUUGUAAUUGGUCGCCAUGGUAUGAUACCAGCUUCCCGACACUGGGAACACAAGGAGGAGACAUGGAAACAUACAAAAAGAUUAGAGAGGCAGGGCACAAUAUAUGUGCCAAUCCAAGCCAGAUCCAAUGCAGAGCUGAGAAAUUCCCAAAUGUCACCAUUGAAAAUGUGGGACAAGUGGUGGAAUGUAAUCUGGCUAAGGGGCUGACUUGCAGAAAUGAAGACCAGUCAGGACCACUGGCCUUGUGCUUUAACUACCAAGUCAGAGUUCAGUGUUGUGACUACAGUGCAUGUCCAACCGAGCAUCCUCCUACAACAUCUUCAAUACCUACAACGACUAAAGAUGUUACCAAAACACCUUGUCAGGAAACAUUAUGCAACUGGUCACACUGGAUAAAUUCAGACUAUCCUGAAUACGGUAAUGGAGGUGGCGACAAUGAAACCAUCAAACACAUUAUCCAGAAAGGAUUUCACAUCUGUGAGAAACCAGUGGCGGUGGAAUGUCGGUCAGAGCACUAUCCGCUGACUCCCCUAAAUCAAUUGGCACAAAAAGUGACAUGUAAUAACAAAGGACUUCUGUGUGAGAACAGGUUACAGGAUCCUCCCAUAUGUUUAGAUUAUGAAAUAAAGGUAAAGUGUUGCAAGACAGUGAUGUGCAGCACAUUACCAAAACCUACUACUUCUAUCACAGCCAUACCGACUAAACCCCCUUCUACUACGACCGCCAGACCCUCUACCACAACUGAAACAACAACUCAGCCACCCACAACUACUGGCACAACCACUACACCGUCUACCACAGCUCCAGCUACAACACCUUCAACUCCCUUAACUACUGUUCCAAUAACAACACCUUCAACUACGAUAUCCACUACACCUUCUACUACAACUGAAACAACAACUCAGCCACCUACAACUACUUUUACAACACCAACACCAUCAACCACAUCUGAAACACCAACCACUAGUCAGCCACCAACACCUACAACUUGCCCAGGGGGACAUGAUGUGACAUGUGGCUGGUCGGAAUGGAUCAAUAAUGGGAAGCCCACAACAGGCCCUGAUGGGGGGGACAAUGAAUCCAUCAAGAACCUAAUCUCUGCUGGUUAUCAUAUAUGUUCGGCUCCUGAAGAAGUCCAAUGUAGAGCUACCCUUUACCCAGGACUUCCCAUGUCACUGGUGGGACAAAAUGUGAUUUGCAAGAAAGAUGUUGGUCUCAUAUGCUCCAACAAACAACAAGGGCUCCAGCAAGAGUGUUUUGAUUACGAGAUCAGAUUUAAAUGCUGUGGGUGUCCAACACAAACUCCUUCUACUACACUUCCAACACCAACACUUUCAACUCCCUCAACUACAGUUACAACUCCUAAAGCUUCAACUCCCUCAACAACAGUUACAACUACAACACCUUCAACUCCCUCAACUACAGUUACAACUCCUACAGCUUCAACUCCCUCAACUACAUUUCCAACUACAACCCCUUCAACUUCGACAUCCACUACACCUUCUACUACAACUGAAACAACUCAGCCACCAACACCUACACCUUGCCCAGGGGGACAUGAUGUGACAUGUGGCUGGUCGGAAUGGAUCAAUAAUGGGAAGCCCACAACAGGCCCUGAUGGGGGGGACAAUGAAUCCAUCAAGAACCUAAUCUCUGCUGGUUAUCAUAUAUGCUCGGCUCCUGAAGAAGUCCAAUGUAGAGCUACCCUUUACCCAGGACUUCCCAUGUCACUGAUGGGACAAAAUGUGAUUUGCAAGAAAGAUGUUGGUCUCAUAUGCUACAACAAACAACAAGGACUCCAGCAAGAGUGUUUUGAUUACGAGAUCAGAUUUAAAUGCUGUGGGUGUCCAACACAACCUCCAUCUACUACACUUCCAACACCAACACCUUCAACUCCCUCAACUACAGUUACAACUCCUAAACCUUCAACUCCCUCAACUACAUUUCCAACUACAACCCCUUCAACUUCGACAUCCACUACACCUUCCACUACAACUGAAACAACUCAGCCACCAACACCUACACCUUGCCCAGGGGGACAUGAUAUGACAUGUGGCUGGUCGGAAUGGAUCAAUAAUGGGAAGCCCACAACAGGCCCUGAUGGGGGGGACAAUGAAUCCAUCAAGAACCUAAUCUCUGCUGGUUAUCAUAUAUGCCCGGCUCCUGAAGAAGUCCAAUGUAGAGCUACCCUUUACCCAGGACUUCCCAUGUCACUGGUGGGACAAAAUGUGAUUUGCAAGAAAGAUGUUGGUCUCAUAUGCUACAACAAACAACAAGGGCUCCAGCAAGAGUGUUUUGAUUACGAGAUCAGAUUUAAAUGCUGUGGGUGUCCAACACAACCUCCUUCUACUACACUUCCAUCACCAACACCUUCAACUCCCUCAACAACAGUUACAACUACCACACCUUCAACUCCCUCAACUACAGUUACAACUCCUACACCUUCAACUCCCUCAACUACAAAGUCCAAUGUAAGCUACCCUUUACCCAGGACUUCCCAUGUCACUGGUGGGACAAAUGUGAUUUGCAAGAAAGAUGUUGGUCUCAUAUGCUACAACAAACAACAAGGACUCCAGCAAGAGUGUUUUGAUUACGAGAUCAGAUUUAAAUGCUGUGGGUGUCCAACACAACCUCCAUCUACUACACUUCCAACACCAACACCUUCAACUCCCUCAACUACAGUUACAACUCCUACACCUUCAACUCCCUCAACUACAGUUACAACUACAACACCUUCAACUCCCUCCACUACACUUCCAACAUCAACACCUUCAACUCCCUCAACUACAGUUACAACUCCUAAACCUUCAACUCCCUCAACUACAUUUCCAACUACAACCCCUUCAACUUCGACAUCCACUACACCUUCCACUACAACUGAAACAACUCAGCCACCAACACCUACACCUUGCCCAGGGGGACAUGAUAUGACAUGUGGCUGGUCGGAAUGGAUCAAUAAUGGGAAGCCCACAACAGGCCCUGAUGGGGGGGACAAUGAAUCCAUCAAGAACCUAAUCUCUGCUGGUUAUCAUAUAUGCCCGGCUCCUGAAGAAGUCCAAUGUAGAGCUACCCUUUACCCAGGACUUCCCAUGUCACUGGUGGGACAAAAUGUGAUUUGCAAGAAAGAUGUUGGUCUCAUAUGCUACAACAAACAACAAGGGCUCCAGCAAGAGUGUUUUGAUUACGAGAUCAGAUUUAAAUGCUGUGGGUGUCCAACACAACCUCCUUCUACUACACUUCCAUCACCAACACCUUCAACUCCCUCAACAACAGUUACAACUCCUAAACCUUCAACUCCCUCAACUACAUUUCCAACUACAACCCCUUCAACUUCGACAUCCACUACACCUUCUACUACAACUGAAACAACUCAGCCACCAACACCUACACCUUGCCCAGGGGGACAUGAUAUGACAUGUGGCUGUUACAACUCCUACACCUUCAACUCCCUCAACAACAGUUACAACUACAACACCUUCAACUCCCUCAACUACAGGUACAACUCCUACAGCUUCAACUCCCUCAACUACAAAGUCCAAUGUAGAGCUACACUUUACCCAGGACUUCCCAUGUCACUGGUGGGACAAAAUGUGAUUUGCAAGAAAGAUGUUGGUCUCAUAUGCUACAACAAACAACAAGGACUCCAGCAAGAGUGUUUUGAUUACGAGAUCAGAUUUAAAUGCUGUGGGUGUCCAACACAACCUCCAUCUCCUACACUUCCAACACCAACACCUUCAACUCCCUCAACUACAGUUACAACUCCUACACCUUCAACUCCCUCAACAACAGUUACAACUACAACACCUUCAACUCCCUCAACUACAGUUACAACUCCUACAGCUUCAACUCCCUCAACUACAAAAGAUGUUGGUCUCAUAUGCUACAACAAACAACAAGGGCUCCAGCAAGAGUGUUUUGAUUACGAGAUCAGAUUUAAAUGCUGUGGGUGUCCAACACAACCUCCUUCUACUACACUUCCAACAUCAACACUUUCAACUCCCUCAACUACAAAAGAUGUUGGUCUCAUAUGCUACAACAAACAACAAGGGCUCCAGCAAGAGUGUUUUGAUUACGAGAUCAGAUUUAAAUGCUGUGGGUGUCCAACACAACCUCCUUCUACUACACUUCCAACAUCAACACCUUCAACUCCCUCAACUACAGUUACAACUCCUAAACCUUCAACUCCCUCAACUACAUUUCCAACUACAACCCCUUCAACUACGACAUCCACUACACCUUCUACCACAACUGAAACAACAACUCAGCCACCUACAACUACCAUUACAUCCACUACACCUUCUACUACAACUGAGUUACAUAUAGUCACAGGAACACCCUCUCGACCAACUACUGCGCCAUCUACUGCACAACAAAUUUGCCAUUGCCUUUAUAAUGGUAUCCUGUUCCCCCCUGACUCCAUAGUCUACAAUAUGUCGGACCACGAUGGCUACUGCUACAUAGGGUACUGCAAUGAAAACUGUCAUAUAGUACUCAAAGACCACCAUCCGUGUAAUAAUACGAGGAAAGAGUGUGUAAACCCUCCAAGAAAGGAUGGUGAAAUUUGGAAGGAGAGUAACUGUCUUGUUGGGACAUGUGACAAUGGCAAGGUGACCUAUAACCAAACACAAUGUCCAACUCCAAAGCCUGUAGUAUGUGCAAAUAACUUCCCUGCUGUUAAAGUGAUGGAUGAUGACGGAUGCUGCUUCCACUAUGAAUGCCAAUGUAUCUGCUAUGGUUGGGGAGACCCCCAUUAUGUCACCUUCGAUGGAACCUACUAUGGUUUUCAAGGCAACUGUUCGUACUGGCUGAUGAAGGAGAUAUUGCCCAAAUACAACUUCAGUGUUAUGAUCGAUAACUACUACUGUAAUUCUGAUGAGGGCUUGGCCUGUCCUCAGUCCAUCACUGUCUUCUACAAAAGCUACACAAUCUUUAUAAUGCAGAAGGAGGUCAAUGGCGUUUACACAAAUCAGACCACUGUGAAUGGCAAGCAUGUGACUCCUGCAUACCAGAACGGUGACUUCCGUAUAACCUCCACCGGUAUAGAGACAGUGCUUGUCAUCCCUGCAAUCCAUGCCAAGAUCACCUUCUCAGGACUCAUAUUUGGCAUCUACCUGCCCUAUAGUAAAUUUGCCGGCAACACAGAGGGACAGUGUGGCACAUGUGACAACAACCGGACAGAUGACUGCAUGUUGCCAAAUGGCAAAAUUGAUCCUUCAUGUCCUAACAUGGCACAUCAUUGGCAUGCGGAAAACUGUGAACAUACUAAGCCCACAGUUGCACCUACACCUACGCCUCUGCCUACGACUACUUCUGCGCCUACAACUCCGCACAGCACCUGCGAUACAACCAUCUGUGAGAUCAUUAAGGGCAGUGUGUUUGAAGCUUGCCACAAGGUUAUUGACUACAUUCCAUUUGUCGAGGCCUGUGAGUUUGACGUUUGCCACAUGCACAUAAAGCUUGUUGGCUGCACCAGCUUACAAACCUAUGCCGACGCCUGUGCUGAGUCUGGACUGUGUAUUGACUGGAGAAAUGCCACCGACGGACUCUGUGAAUAUGACUGUCCAAGUCCCAAAGUCUAUCGGGCAUGUGGUCCUCAGGUGGAGCCUACCUGUGAUUCCUGGUACAACCAGAAAUUCGUCUACGCCGUCAAUGAGUUCAGUGCCAUGACAAAUGUGAAGCUGGAGGGUUGUUUCUGUCCAGAUGACCACUUCCUCCUCUCUUCCAGCUCUAAUGAAUGUGUGCACAACUGUGAAAUUUGUCGGCUGUCAAAUGGAAGUUGGACACGGGCCAAUUCGACGUGGAAAGAAAACUGUAAUGAGUGUAGAUGUGAGGAGGACACACUGCAGGUCAGCUGCCAUCCCGUGUCCUGUCCGGCACAGCCCCCCCUCAGCUGUGACGAAGAAGGCCAGGUCAAGGUCACUGAAACGGUUGGCUGCUGUCAAGAGGAGAUUUGUGUUUGUAAUGGGACGCUGUGCCCUGGUCUUGUGCCAUCCUGUCCUCUUGGUUUUAUUCCGAACAAAGCUAAGGGAGUCUGCUGUUGGAAAUACUCCUGCGGUAAGUGUGCUAUGCUAGUGCAUACUGGAACUGCAUUGCCACGUUACAUUUUUACCAUAGCGAUUGUUGCAUCACAUUUAAAAUUGAUCACUUUAGCCACACUUGUAAAACCUAAUGCGAUCCAUUACAGCAGCUCAGCCAUGAAUUCUCCCUCUACAAAGGAAGUAAUGUUUCCAAGCGUGAGUAUGUUUAUCUGUGCUGACCUUCUUACCUUGUCCGUCCAGGUCGGAGAACCGGUGCCCAUGAAGCCAUGUGAGAAGUGCAUUUGUAGUAACAAGGUCAAUGCCAGCAGCCAUCUGAACAUUAUAGACUGUGAGCCUAUACCCUGCGACACCAACUGCCCUGUGGGUUAUGAGUACCACAUCAGCGCUAACCAGUGCUGCGGGACAUGUGUCCAAACAAGCUGCAUUGUCGUGCUGUUGAAUGCCACAUACUCAUUAAAGCCUGGCUCCAUUUGGAGUCCUGCCGGGAACGCCUGUGUGAAGUUUGAGUGUGUGAAGAUCGCUAAUCAGUUCAUCACCAUAGAAGCUAAGACAACCUGUCCCCUCUACGACCCUAAUGAAUGCAUACCGGGCACAGAGACCAUAGCUCCAGACGGAUGCUGCCCCAUCUGUAUUCCGAAGGGUGAGCCAUGCGGUGUGUCCACUACACCUGUGUACCUGGAGAGCCAGGGCUGCCAUGCCAAAGACCUGGUCAAUGUCACAUCCUGUAAUGGAGCAUGUGGCACCUUCACCUUCUAUUCUACCAAAACAAGAUCCUUGCAGCACACCUGCUCCUGUUGCCAGGAGUUGGCAACAUCUGAGCGCCGGGUCCAGCUCUCCUGCCCUGACAACACAGAGAUCACUUACACCUACACCCACAUCGACACCUGCGGGUGCCUCAAGACAGAGUGCUCUGUGCCUGGCCAGAGGGAAUCGGCAACCAUUACCUCCAGUGUCAAAUCACGUCGACGCAGGAGAUAAGGCAAAAAACCAGGACAAGCAUAUGCAUUUGGCGCAUUAAUUUAUAGUACCGUAAAUUAAAUUAUACUGGAAUCAGCAUGCAUAGUUCCUCUAUUUAUGUCUCAUGUAUCAGUUUACUUAGUUUUAGCUUGAUAAGAAACCCACAUGGAUCUCAUCAAUAAAGAUUAUACUGCAGCUUAAAUACUGUCUUUGUCCUGUUUUUUUUUAUUGGGAGCUUUGGAGAACCAGAAUGAAGACACAAGGCUC